GAACUUUUUAUUCACUUCUGAAGACCCAAACAGGAAGUGGAUGAUUUCAUGGUUCAGUAGCUCGAAAAAAGCAGAAAUGGCAAGCAAAAGAAAGAGAGAUAGUGAUGCUGAAUAUUCGCCAUCUUCAGCAAAGACGUUUAAAAACAGCGAUGAAACUUCUAGCCAUUCCAGAUCUGGAAGAGCCAGAAAAAAACCAGCCCGGUUUUUGGAUGAAGAGGAUGGAGAGGAAAGUCCAUCAGAGGGCCAGGAAGUGGAAGUGAAAACUGAGGAGAUCCCUGAUGUAAAACCGACCCCAACUCUUCUGGCCGCCACCCCCCAGAUAAUCCACUCCAAUCCACAACUCAUCGUGGCUACUCCUCAGAUCAUAAGUGCCAGCCCUCAGUUGAUAAAUGCAACCCAGUUGAUCAGUGUUGCACCCCAGUUAAUUAGCUCAGCUCCCCAGUUGAUCAGCUCAGCUCAACAUUUGAUAAGUUCAGCCCCCCAGUUGAUCAAUUCAACUCCACAGUUGAUCAGUUCAACUCCCCAGUUGAUCAGUUCAGUCCCUCAGUUAAUCAGUUCAACUCCACAAUUGAUCAGUGGUUCACCACAGCUUAUUACAGCAUCUCCACAUCUAAUUUCUGGUGCACCUCAAAUGAUUGUGUCACCUGAACCAUUACUCCAGUCCAAAGUGGAGCCACUAGAAACUCCAAAGUCAUCAAGGGUUAGAAAGAAAUCAGCUAAAGUGAUAGAAAUGGAGGAAUUUGAGAAGGCUGAAAAGGUCAAGUCCACCAAAAGGCCGACAAAGAUAAUUAGCCCGGAGUCGGUGACUGUGGCUGUCUCAGCCGCUCCCGGAAUACAGCCCCAGAUUUUACAGGCAGCCAACAUACAGCUGAAUUUAAUGAACGCCCUGAACACAUCAACAUCAAGUGAUGCCCAAUCAACACUUCUAGCCCAGCUGAGGAAAAAUCCCCAGAUGGUGCGGGUUGUCGAUGAUCCUAAACCUGGGUCUGUGAAGACUGAGCCUAUGCUGGUGUCAGGUCCCUUUGUCAGUCCGGGGGAGACAGUGAUGGGGGACCAGAAUUUCAGUGUGAAAGACGAACCCAUUGAUACAGUGGAUCCUAACAUAUUGCUUCCCCAGUCUGCCCCAGGCUCGGCUUUGUUAACACAUCUAACAAAAAUAGCUCAGCAAGAGGGAAAUGUGUCCCCGACUAAACCCCCAGCUAAAAAGAAAACACCUAAACCGAAAAUGAAAGAAGAACCUGGUCCAAGCAUGGCAGGAGACUCCCAGAGUAAAAGUGUCAUUAAAAUGUUGUUAAAUAAGCCAGCCCAGUUUAGUGAGCCCGUAAUCUCCACACAGACUCUGUCACAAAUCAACUCUCCUGUGUCAGAUAAAAAUGUGAAGAAGCCAAUCAAAAUGAAAAUUUCUACUGAAGGCUCUUCUAUGUCACACAUGGGUCCUGCUGGGGAUGCGUUCAUUCACGGAGCACCUGCCACUGUCACCAGUCCUGUAGAGAGCAAUAAGUCACCCACAUCAGGGUCAGAUAAAAAGAAGGCCAAGAAAACAAAAAGGAAGCAGUCCGUAUCAAUCCUGGAUGAUGAAGAUGAAGAUGAGGAGGAAUACGAUGAAGAUGAUGAUGAUGACGAUGAUUUGAUCGAUGAUGACAUAGAUGAUAAUGAAGAUGAUAUGGACUGGGAGUUUGAAACACAGGAUGGAAAUCUGAUCAUUGCAGAUGAGGUUCCCAAGAAGAGCACCAGUAAAAAGACCCCCAGCAAAAAGAAAGGCAAGAAAGAUGAUGGCGAGUCCUUUGCUGCAGCUAAUAAAGACAAGAAGAGCAAUGGACAGAAGGUAAAGAAGAGGAAACGCCUGACUGCCUACACUAUGUGGUGCAACAGUGUGCGAUACAAAGUGUUGAAUGAAAAUCCAGGAAUUGAUUUUGCACAGUUAAGUAGGAGACUAGGAGAAAUUUGGCAAAGUGUUCCAGCUAAAGACAAAAUGGCCUGGAAGAGAAAAGCAAAAAGAGAAGCUCGUAAAUUACUGGGGAAAGGUUUAUUGAUAAAGACAGGUAAAGGGGGCGGGACUACAACAUCUCAAUCCAGUGUGUCAACAGCCCCAGCUCCGCCCAGCAGCUCGAAUACCCCACCCCCUAUUUAUCACCCACCAAUCAGACACCACUCUACAAAACAUCAGGUGACCAGUAAUACUUCUGGAGUUGGUCCUGUGAAGCAAAUGGAAGAACCUUUUACUAGUCCAUCUAAGGUGCUUGGUAUAGAGCCUAUUGACACAGCAGCUCAUCUGAAGUUAGUGGGGGACUCUCUUAGUAUCAUAGGAAUCAGACUACAGGAACACAGGGGUUUGAUCGCUGUACAGGGAAGCCUCUCGGUCCUGUUGGAUUCUCUUCUGUGUGCGGUGGGGCCCCUCAUGUGUCUGACCUCGCAAGUCCCGGAACUUAAUGGCUGCUCCCCUAAAACACACACACGAGUGCUGGACAAUAUUGCAUAUAUUAUGCCAGGGUUGUAAUACUUUGUAGUUGUUGAAUUUGUUUUACAUAAAUAAAUGUUAUAUGUUGUCAA